AUGUCCGCGGGCGGCGGCGCCAGGAAGAGCACCGGGAGGUCCUCCUACUACUACCGGCUGCUGAGGCGGCCCCGGCUGCAGCGACAGAGGAGCCGCUCCCGCAGCCGGACCCGGCCUGCCAGGGAGUCGCCCCAAGAAAGGCCGGGCUCCCGGCGCAGCCUGCCUGGCAGCCUCUCCGAGAAGAGCCCCAGCAUGGAGCCCUCGGCCGCCACCCCGUUCCGGGUCACGGGCUUCCUCAGCCGCCGCCUCAAGGGCUCCAUCAAGCGCACCAAGAGCCAGCCCAAGCUGGACCGCAACCACAGCUUCCGCCACAUCCUGCCGGGGUUCCGGAGCGCCGCCGCCGCCGCGGACAAUGAGAGGUCCCAUCUGAUGCCCAGGCUGAAGGAGUCUCGCUCCCACGAGUCCCUGCUCAGCCCCAGCAGUGCGGUGGAGGCGCUGGACCUCAGCAUGGAGGAGGAGGUGGUCAUCAAGCCGGUGCACAGCAGCAUCCUAGGCCAGGACUACUGCUUCGAGGUGACCACGUCAUCGGGAAGCAAGUGCUUUUCCUGCCGGUCAGCAGCCGAGCGGGAUAAGUGGAUGGAGAACCUGCGGCGAGCGGUGCACCCCAACAAGGACAACAGCCGGCGCGUGGAGCAUGUGCUUAAGCUGUGGGUGAUCGAGGCCAAGGACCUGCCGGCCAAGAAGAAGUACCUGUGCGAGCUGUGCCUGGACGACGUGCUGUAUGCCCGGACCACGGGCAAGCUCAAGACGGACAAUGUCUUCUGGGGCGAGCACUUCGAGUUCCACAACCUGCCGCCCCUGCGCACGGUCACCGUCCACCUGUACCGGGAGACUGACAAGAAGAAGAAGAAGGAACGCAACAGCUACCUGGGCCUGGUGAGCCUGCCCGCUGCCUCGGUGGCCGGGCGGCAGUUCGUGGAGAAGUGGUACCCGGUGGUGACGCCCAACCCCAAGGGCGGCAAGGGCCCCGGGCCCAUGAUCCGCAUCAAGGCCCGCUACCAGACCAUCACCAUCCUGCCCAUGGAGAUGUACAAGGAGUUUGCCGAGCACAUCACCAACCACUACCUGGGGCUGUGCGCCGCCCUGGAGCCCAUCCUCAGCGCCAAGACCAAGGAGGAGAUGGCGUCCGCCCUGGUGCACAUCCUGCAGAGCACGGGCAAGGUGAAGGACUUUCUGACCGACCUGAUGAUGUCAGAGGUGGACCGCUGUGGGGACAACGAGCACCUCAUCUUCCGGGAGAACACACUGGCCACCAAGGCCAUCGAGGAGUACCUCAAGCUCGUGGGCCAGAAGUACCUGCAGGAUGCCCUAGGUGAGUUCAUCAAAGCACUGUACGAGUCGGAUGAGAACUGUGAAGUGGACCCCAGCAAGUGUUCUGCCGCCGACCUGCCUGAGCACCAGGGCAACCUCAAGAUGUGCUGUGAGCUGGCCUUCUGCAAGAUCAUCAACUCCUACUGCGUCUUCCCACGGGAACUGAAAGAGGUGUUUGCCUCGUGGCGGCAGGAGUGCAGCAGUCGCGGCCGGCCGGAUAUCAGCGAGCGGCUCAUCAGUGCCUCCCUCUUCCUGCGCUUCCUCUGCCCUGCCAUCAUGUCCCCCUCGCUCUUCAACCUGCUGCAGGAGUACCCCGAUGACCGCACCGCCCGCACCCUCACCCUUAUCGCCAAGGUCACCCAGAACCUGGCCAACUUCGCCAAGUUCGGCAGCAAGGAGGAGUACAUGUCCUUCAUGAACCAGUUCCUGGAGCACGAGUGGACCAACAUGCAGCGCUUCCUUUUGGAGAUCUCCAACCCCGAGACCAUCUCCAACACCGCCGGCUUCGAGGGCUACAUCGACCUGGGCCGCGAGCUCUCCAGUCUGCACUCGCUGCUCUGGGAGGCCGUCAGCCAGCUGGAGCAGGGCAUUGUGGCCAAACUGGGCCCCCUACCUCGCAUCCUGAGGGAUGUCCACACAGCACUGAGCACCCCAGGCAGUGGGCAGCUCGUGGGGACCAACGACCUGGCUUCCACGCCAGGCUCUGGCGGCAGCAGCAUCUCAGCUGGGCUGCAGAAGAUGGUGAUGGAGAGCGAUCUCUCUGGUCUGGUAGAUUUCACCCGGUUACCGUCUCCAACCCCCGAAAACAAGGACUUGUUUUUUGUCACAAGGUCCUCCGGGGUCCAGCCCUCACCUGCCCGCAGCUCGAGCUACUCGGAAGCCAACGAGCCGGAUCUCCAGAUGGCCAAUGGUGGCAAGAGCCUGUCCAUGGUGGACCUCCAGGAUGCCCGCACGCUGGACGGGGAGGCGGGCUCUCCGGCGGGCCCCGACGUCCUUCCUGCCGACGGGCAGGCGCCCGCGACUCAGCUGGUGGCUGGGUGGCCGGCCCGAGCGGCCCCCGUGAGCCUGGCCGGGCUGGCCACGGUGCGGCGGGCAGGCCAGACGCCGACCACACCAGGCACCUCCGAGGGUGCGCCCGGCCGGCCCCAGCUGUUGGCACCACUCUCCUUCCAGAACCCUGUGUACCAGAUGGCGGCUGGCCUGCCGCUGUCACCCCGUGGCCUUGGCGACUCGGGCUCUGAGGGCCACAGCUCCCUGAGCUCCCACAGCAACAGCGAGGAGCUGGCGGCCGCGGCCAAGCUGGGAAGCUUCAGUGCUGCCGCGGAGGAGCUGGCGCGGCGGCCCGGCGAGCUGGCGCGGCGGCAGAUGUCGCUGACUGAGAAGGGCGGGCAGCCCACGGUGCCACGGCAGAACAGCGCCGGCCCCCAGCGCAGGAUCGACCAGCCGCCGCCCCCGCCCCCGCCGCCCCCACCUGCCCCCCGGGGCCGGACGCCCCCCACGCUGCUGAGCACCCUGCAGUACCCGCGACCCUCCAGCGGGAGCCUGGCGUCGGCCUCGCCGGACUGGCCGGGCUCGGGCGCCCGGCUGCGGCAGCAGUCCUCCUCCUCCAAGGGGGACAGUCCGGAGCUGAAGCCGCGGGCGGCGCACAAGCAGGGCCCUUCACCCGUGAGCCCCAAUGCCUUGGACCGCACGGCCGCUUGGCUCUUGACCAUGAACGCGCAGUUGUUAGAAGACGAGGGCCUGGGCCCAGACCCCCCCCACAGGGAUAGGCUAAGGAGUAAGGAAGAGCUCAGCCAAGCAGAAAAGGACCUAGCGGUGCUGCAGGACAAGCUGCGAAUCUCCACCAAGAAGCUGGAGGAGUACGAGACCCUGUUCAAGUGCCAGGAGGAGACGACGCAGAAGCUGGUGCUGGAGUACCAGGCGCGGCUGGAGGAGGGCGAGGAGCGGCUGCGCAGGCAGCAGGAGGACAAGGACAUCCAGAUGAAGGGCAUCAUCAGCAGGUUGAUGUCGGUGGAGGAGGAGCUGAAGAAGGACCACGCGGAGAUGCAGGCUGCGGUGGACUCCAAGCAGAAGAUCAUCGAUGCCCAGGAGAAGCGCAUCGCCUCCCUGGACGCCGCCAAUGCCCGCCUCAUGAGCGCCCUGACGCAGCUGAAAGAGAGGUACAGCAUGCAGGCCCGUAACGGCAUCUCCCCCACCAACCCCACCAAAUUGCAGAUCACUGAGAACGGCGAGUUCCGAAACAGCAGCAAUUGUUAACCUGCCCCCUGGAGGGGGGCACCGUGGCGGCCCAGGGCAGGGUCUCGGCCCGGGGCCGCAGAGACAGACGCGGCGGGAGGCCCGAGGAGCGUGUUGGGUGCGGGCAGAAGAGAGACUGCACGCGGGGGCUUGGGCAGCCUGGUGGGGGCAGGGGCCUGCCAGAAACCUGCGUGUUGGUUACUGAAUGUGGCGUGUAUCACCUUCUCCUCCUGCCCUGGCCCAGUGCACGUACCCCCACGCCCUCGUCGGGGAGGGCACGACCCAAGGGCUGGAGCACAGGACUCCGUGGCAGCCAGGCCCUGCCCUGUGGGACCUGGGACCUGCGGGGCGGCUGGCAGGCAGGCCCCCGAGGCAGGCAGGCCUUCCGGGCAGCACCGGCCCCUGCAUGCAGCCCGUCAGGGGCCCUGGCCGGCUCCGAGGCACCGAGGGGUGCGGCGUCCCUCUCCCCCCUCUUGCACUGCCACACAGAGCCAGUGGCUUUUUCUUCCCGGCUCUGGUACCUGUGGGAAGGGUCCAGGCACCCCCUCCCCUGCCACUUGGGCCCGGGCUGAUGCCCUGGGGCUCCCAGAUGCCAAAGAUCUGGGUGGAGCUGGCCGAGGGCACUGUGCUCUGUACCUGCCUUCUCCUGGGCCCGUGGCCAGCUGGGAGUGGCCCUGAGCAGGAAAGCUGGCCUUCCCUCGGAUUGCUGGGCCCUGGGGAGGUGGAUAACUGUGACUCUCUUUCCUUUCACAGUAUGCAUUAAACAAAAGCCCGCUUGCUCGCUUGCUGGAACACUGGGGCCUUUUAAAUUGAGCGUGCGCACUGCAUGGGAAAUAGCGGCCCUGGCGGAUGUUAGACUUGCUCCCUCUCCGAGACAGCAGCGGCCUGCACCGGCCCCGCGUGCGGCCGCCGCCUCCUCACCCUCCCGGCCCCCGCCACGGACCCCGGCGCUGCAGCCAGGGGAGGGGCACCCACCGCUGGGGCCGGUUUUCCUCAGCUCUGGGCUGUUCUGUAGCUUAUCUGCCCUUCCCCUAGCGGGACCUAGAUGGGCCGGAGGGUGGGUCUCUCUCGGCCCCUGUCCCCGGUAUCCUAGGGCAGGAGCGAGGGUCUCUGCCCAGGCCGCAGAGCCAGGGCCGGGUGAGCUGGGAGGCGCCACCUGUGCCCCUGCGGCUGCAACGCGCCAGAAUCCCCACCAGGAAGGGGUGCAAGUGCCGCACCUCCUCCCGGGCCUUGCCCUGGGGAAGAGCUUGUAGAGUCUGGUGGAGAGGGCUGGGCCUCCAGGGGUCACGGGCCACAGGAAGGAGAAGGGGAGUGUGCUGAGGCUCUGCCCCCACCCCUGCACGUUUCAGACCAGGGUGGCCACGCAGGCAGGGCCUGGCUUCAGGGGUGUCCUCCUCGGCCCAGCUCCGUCCCCCCACUGCCCAGGGAGCCCCGCCUCCUCCCCACCCCCUCCCCUGCCGCUGCCUCGGGCUCCGACUGAGCACCUCUUAGCAAUACGGGCAGGAGUGCACGGGGGCGGGCUGUGAGCUCUCAAGCCGAGAGCCUUACUCACCUGUGCAAAAACUGUAAAAGUGUACAGACUUCACAGAUUUUUAUCUUAACUGCAAGUCUGACGAUUUUUGUAAAUGUUCUUGGUGUUUGACUGUAAUGUAACUAUUUCACCCAAGAGUUGUACAUAGUCCCUGGGCCCUGGUGCUGCCGGGACUGCUGCUCUCCCGCUGGUCUCUGUGUGAUUUUUGUAAUCCAGACGACAGCGUUGGGCAGGAGGUCUGGGGGCUAAGUGCCCCCCAACCCGUGGCUGGGCGGGGGUACCCCGACCGGGCCUGUACACGAGGGGCUCCUGCCCAAGGCUAGAGAGAACCUACGGCCCCAAGGACGAGAGCCUGCCUGCGGCAGGUGCCGCGGUGGCCAGCGGUCCCGGCUCAGGCCCCCUGGUCACCAGCACCCAGACUCGAGUCUGGAGCAGGCUGUGCCCUCCGCGCUCCCAGACGCCCGCUGUGUUCUGCUCACGUCCAGGGCGAGGGGAACUGCCACACUUUAAAGUGAUGAUUCCUUCUGACUGCCCGCAAAGGGGCGAGGGCGCCCCAGCUGCCUGGGCCUUGCAGGGGCCGGACCGUCCAGGGCAGCAGCCCCUCUUUUCUACUCACUCGGGCCAGCUAGCCGCCCCCAGCCCCUACCCCUUUUGUAAGUAUGUGAAAAGAAACCAAUGCAAACGCCGGAGUGUAAUAAUGUACAGAGAAAGGUGUUGUGUUCUAAGACUCGGUGGCUGUGCAAUUUCUGUACAUUUGCAAUUAGAAAUAUUAAAGAUUUA